AUGACCGUUUCUAACGUUAGGUUGAAGACAGCUCCACGAGAUUUACGAGUUGAUGAGACAGGAGAACUUGAGAAAAUGUCAAAAAAAUCGGAUAUGACUAAAAGUUGA